UGUUUCAUGUGGUUAACUGUAAUGAUCUUUAGUUUCAUUUUUCUUAUAAAUAAUGGUUUGUGAACUAUUCCUUUCUUUUACUCAAGUGUGUUGAGUCUGAUGGCUCUUAUUUUCCUUUUCCUCAGAACAAAAUAGGAAGAAGAACCGGUUGAUUCUUGUCACAGCCACAGUGAUGUCUGUAAUAUUGGUUAUUAUGAUCUUAUUGGUUACUUAUUUUAUAAGAAAGUACAGAUUCAUAGGUAACUUAUUCAAAUUUAACUAUGUUCAAAACACAUUUAAAGUUACCAUAAAAUUUCAAAUUGAACUCAUUUUGUAUUUUUGCAGGAUUUGAUUGGCAGAAGGAAGGCAUGAAAGGCAAUAUGAGAUUGUUACUGUCACAGUUUACUAAUGAAAACGAUAUAAAAUCAAAUGGUAUUGGAUUCAAUAAGAGAAAGAAUCAAGGCAUGCUCCCGCUUAGAUUUUCUUAUGUAGUGGCUGCUACUGACAAUUUCUCUGCUGCAAAUAAACUCGGAGAAGGUGGUUUUGGACCAGUUCAUAAGGGCAAGUUAUUUGGACAAGACAUAGCAGUAAAAAGGCUUUCGAAGAAUUCUGGACAAGGACUAAUGGAGUUCAGGAAUGAGGUGAUGUUAAUUUCUAGCCUCCAACAUAGGAAUCUUGUUAAGCUUUUGGGAUUUUGCAUCCAUCGAGAUGAAAGGAUCUUAAUCUACGAGUACAUGCCUAACAAAAGCUUGGAUUCCAUCAUUUUCGAUCGAACUAAAAGACUACUUCUUGAUUGGCGAACACGCAAGAACAUCAUUGAAGGGAUAGCUCAGGGGCUUCUCUACCUUCACAAGUACUCAAGACUAAGAAUCAUUCAUAGAGACCUCAAAACUAGCAACAUUUUAUUGGACAACUAUAUGAACCCCAAGAUAUCUGAUUUUGGUCUAGCAAGAGCAAUUUUUGAGAAUGAUCAUAUAGAUAAAACAAAGAAGAUUGCUGGAACAUAUGGCUAUUUGUCACCUGAGUAUGCAUUGCAUGGACUUUUCUCAACAAAAUCAGAUGUGUUCAGCUUUGGAGUCAUCUUGUUUGAAAUCAUUAGUGGAAGGAAGAACUCCACCUUUACUGAGUCAGAUUGCUCCAACUUACUAGGACAUGCGUGGAAUCUGUGGAAUGCUGGGAGGUGCAUAGAGUUAAUGGAUCUAAAAAUGGCUGGUACCUGUCCACUGACUGAUCUUAUGAUUUACAUUCAAGUGGGUCUACUAUGUGUCCAAGAAUUAGCUGAAGAUAGACCAAGCAUAUCAGAUGUUAUUUCAAUGUUGAGCAAUGAAGGGGCCAGUCUACCAAUGCCUAAACAGCCUGCAUUUUCUACCCACUUAAUGACAGAUGGUCAAACUCCAUCAAGAUGAACUCAUAUCAUUAUCAAAAAAACCUGUAGGAAAUCAAGCUAGCUGUAAAUUACAUUUAAUGUAUUUUUCAUUUACUCUAGUAUUACUAGGUAUUCACUUUGUAUUAUAUAUACCCUUUGUAUAUACUAAAAGAGAUCAUCAGAAAUAAAAACAUUUUUCUCUCAUUUACUUCAUGGUAUCAGAGCAUUUGAAACUUCUCAAACACAUUAUUUUCUCACCCAUUCCUUUCUUAAUAUUAGGGUUCUUGAAAUUAGGAUUUGGAGGCUUUAUCCUAGAAGAUUAAUUAAAAGUAGUUGUCUAUUCUCACCUCCGACCCA